AUGAUUAACAUUGAUUACCUCCAGUGUAACAAGAUGCUAGCAGCGAUAACUUUGAUGUCCAUCGGUGUCUUCAGCGCAUCUGCUGAUUUGCCUGGAGGAGAUAAAAGCUGGAAAGUGACAGAGGAACAUAAUUACCCCGGCCUGAGCAACGUGUGGAUCUACGACAGGGAUUCCUGCUUGGUGACCUGCUACUACAUGAAGGACUGUUACGUUGUUGACUAUGACAUCAACAGCAAUCCUCCAUGCUGGAUUCAAACGAACAAAUUCACCCCCGAUAAAUCUAACUUGAAGUCAAUGGCUGGUGUGACAGAUUAUAUUCUCCUUAAUGGCGACGACAAAGAAAAGGCAUGGAAUGUUUCAUCAAAUGCCUCUUUCCCGGGCUUGUAUGAAAUAGAAAUAAAUAAUACUGAGUCUUGCCUGUCGUUCUGCUACUAUAAGAAAGGUUGUUUCGUGGUCAACUUUGACGCCAGUGCCGUGCCUCCAUGCUCGAUUCAGGCCACAGACAUCAUCGUUGACUCUGCGCUGUUGAAAUCAAAAGAAAACGUCACUAAUUACAUUCUUGUCAAUGUUGACGCCAAACGAUUGGAGCAGGCACCUUUCAACGAUGUCCGAUCGUGCACGGACCAUUGCUUCCAAAGUAAAAAUUGUUACGCCGUUGAUUUUGACACCAAAACUACACCGAGCUGUUGGAUCCAGACGGAUCCUGCUAUUGAUGCCGACCCAAAAAAAUUGUAUCCAAUGGAAACCAACACCAACUUCAUUUGGAGUAAAGAAUAA